CCCGAAAAAAAAAAUAUCCAGGUCCAUCUGGGUUCACGAUAACACCGAUCAAUUUGACACCACCCCAAUUUCUGGUUCUCUGAAUGCUGUGCAGCAUCUCGAAUGCACUCCGUUACCUUACCUUAAGGCAUGUAAGCCGACCAGUCAACACGCAACUACUGCACACCAUCAUGCGCACCAUGACAUCCAAAGCCAAAGCAACUCCGACACCAGUCGAGACGCACAGAGUCGUUCGCGAUGGACAGGAAUUCACUGAAGUCCGGGAAGGCUUAGCUCGUAUCCUGAAUCCAGUAUCGGCAAAGAGCGACGCGCAGAAGAACUCGAAGGGCGACGAGGAAGUGCAGAAGGUCUUCUACAAUCCUAUCCAGCAAUUCAACCGCGAUCUGACGGUGCUCGCGAUCAAAGCAUACGGAGAAGAUGUCAUUGCCAAGAGAAAGAAGUUCAACGAGAACAAAAUGAACAAGAAGCGAAAGAGAACGACGGAGGGAGAUGAGAGGCCGCAAAAGCAAGGAAAGCCCGUGAUCGGCGGGGGCGAAGUUCCCGAAGCUGUAUACGGAGCAGCAAACCCGGUGGAUGCUACUGCCAUGGAUACAACUGAGGACAACGUGGAUGCGGUAUGCGAUGAUGCUAAGGAUAAGAAGAAGCCAGAGACACAUUCAACAGGCACCGCUGAGGAGCCAUCGGAACAAGCAACUGGCACAACGAAUACAGAGGAACAGCCACAAGAUGGCACGCAUCAACGAAAGCCACUGCCUCCGCCUUUCACGAUUCUUGAUGCUCUCUCCGCAACUGGUCUCCGAGCCUUGCGCUACGUCCAGGAAUUGCCGUUCGUCACGUCGGUAACCGCAAAUGAUCUUACUCCUUCAGCGGUAGAGGCAAUUAAGCGCAAUGCUCAACACAAUGGUGUGGAGUCCAAAAUCAACGCCACCCAGAGUGAUGCUCGUGCACAUAUGUACUCUCUCAUUUCUGAGGAGGUCGCGCGAGAGCACGAAGCCAAUCCUAAACGUUUCCGACGAGCUCCGCCGAGCAAGAAAUACGAUGUAAUCGACCUCGACCCCUACGGUACCGCUGCGACCUUCUUCGAUGCCGCAGUACAUGCGGUACGUGAUGACGGUGGCCUUCUGUGCGUGACCUGCACAGACUCAGGCGUAUGGGCUUCUCAUGGGUACUCCGAGAAGGCAUUCGCCCUCUACGGUGGCAUCCCCGUCAAGGGUUUCCACUCCCACGAAGCUGGAUUGCGCUUAAUUAUAAAUGCACUUGCCACAAGCGCCGCGAGGCAUGGCCUGGCGAUCGAGCCGCUCCUGAGCUUAUCCAUCGACUACUAUGUGCGCAUUUUUGUUAGGGUCAAGAAAUCCCCCGCCAGUGUCAAGUUUUUGGCUGGCAAGACCAUGAUUGUGUACAGCUGCGACCAAGGUUGUGGUGCAUGGGAAACGCAAAUGCUGCUUCGAAACAGAAAAGUGCCAAAUAACAAGGGCAGCGGCAUGUUCUACAAGCAUGGCUUGUCAAUGGGACCAACGUCCGACCAAUUCUGUCAGCACUGCGGCUCCAAGAUGCACUUGUCCGGUCCCAUGUACGCAGGGCCACUUCAUUCGGCCGACUUUAUUAAGAGCAUACUGGACGAGUUACCAAAUGCAUCAAAAGAGGUAUAUGGCACCACAACCAGGAUAGCAGGAAUGUUAAAUACUGCACUCGAGGAGAUGUGCCUGCCACCUCCACCGGACAAUACGCCGAAACACCAAGACGACGAGCUCGCAGCUCUUGAGCCGUACCCUUUCUAUUUUCAUCCGUCGUACCUUGCGGGCGCAAUCCAUUGUGAAUGCCCAGACGAAGACAGCUUCCGAGGUGCUCUUCGUGGCUUGGGAUACGAAGUCACUCGGAGCCACUGCAAGCCAGGAAGUAUCAAGACGAAUGCGCCUUGGUCGGUUAUCUGGCACGUCAUGAGAGAAUGGAUUCGCCAAAAGGCGCCGGUUCGGGAGGACAAGCUCAAGGAAAAUAGUGCAGCAUUCAGACUGCUGCGUUUGGGCGACAGGAGCGCUUCUGAGGAGAGAAGCAAAGUCAAAGUAGACAGCGAAGUUGACAAGCUGGAGGUUGUUUUCAACAAGGGACUCGGUCAGGACAAGUCUAAGAAGGGUCUGGUAAGAUACCAGAUGAACCCCAAGGAGAACUGGGGUCCUCUUAGCAAGGCGAAAGGUCACUAGUCGGGACAACGCUGCGAAAAGCUGGAAUUGUCUAUGGAUGGGAUGUAUGGAAUUAAUACCCGUUACCAAGCACGUUGGCUGUCAAAUGUCGUCUCAAGGCUACAAGCUUGGGUGCUCAAUUCGAGGCAGUACUUAUAGCUGAGCACACCAAAAUUGGCGCCCGCGGAUUGCCGAUAAUGGUACCGAAAGCCUCACAGCCUUUACACCGCCUCCUUGGUGUUGAGGUUUUGGGUACAGCAGAACUGAUAUGCGUAUGAUCAGAUGCACGUUAUGAUUCCUGCUUGGAUUAAAACGCCUUAGCAAAGGCUAUGAGUUGAGAUUGUACUGUUCUUCCACAUGGAGACCUUAUGUCCGUAUCUUCCGAACGGCGGUUGGUUUUCCGCGCUCACUACGUACAUAUCCACUCAAUCCAUUAGACUAGGUA